AUGAAAAUAAUGCUGUCAAUCUAUCAUUUUAAAAUUCUAAAAUACUCAGCAAUUAUUUUAUCCACCACUAGUGCCUCUUUACUUCUCUUCGAGACUUAUAGAACUAGAAAAAAAUUAAACUCUCUGCUAAGAACUAAUGUUUUAGAGUGCGAAAGAAAACGUGCUGACUAUAUAUUUAUUAAUGAUCCUAAUUUAAAAGAACAUUUGAUUGAAAUAUAUGGCGAGGGUGAUGAGUUUACUCAAGAGCCAGGACUUAAAAAAAAUGGCUUUGAAAUGCCAUCAUUUACUAAGUGGUGGAAAAAUAUUAAAAAUAAUUAUGCUUUACGCCUGAUCCACUUAGCACAUAGUGGUACAAAAUAUGAUAGAAUUCGUGCUAUCCGGUUGUUAUCAAAAAUGACUUAUUUGCAAGAUUGGGACUAUAGAUCUUUAGCUCAACAAUGUGAUGCACUAACUGCAGUUGGAUUAGCACGCUCUACAUCUUGUGAUUUUCGAUGGUUUUUAGAUCCACCAUUUCGUUAUAAAACUUUAGAACCUAAAAAGUUGAUACAGGAAUUGAGACUGUUGCUCAUAGCAUUAGGCCCACAUCCAUGUAUGCAAUCAUUUUUGAAUAAAAUGUUUCAUGAUUUCCAUGAGUUUGGAGAUUCUUAUGACAAUAGCAUAGAGUAUGUUCCAGGAACUCCACUGUUCAGUCAUGUGCAAGAUGCAAUGAAAUUAUGUGUUGACGCCCUGGUGCAUCUUUCUGUUAGACCAGGAAAAGCAAAAGAAUUGGUAGAAAAUGGAGCCUUACAAUUGUUAAUAGAUGUAGCACGACAUAGUAAAUCAAACACAGAAAUUAAAUCAAAUAUUGCUGAAAUAUUGUCAAAUAUUGCUAUUUAUGGAAAUUCUUUAAGUUUGGUGUACAGUUCUGGGUGGAUUGGUAUUCUGCAUCAAUGGUCUAUUGAUGAAGAUGUACGAUUAAGAGUUUGUGCAUCUAGAGCUCUAAUUAAUUUUGACGAGGAUGAUUUAGUAGGUGAUUACACAUAUCCAGCUAGAGUAUUUCCAUUAUAUCCCGUAAAAAGAUGUACGAGAAAACCAAAGUUAGAUGUUAUUUUUGUUCAUGGUCUUCUAGGUGGUGUAUUUAUCACAUGGCGUCAACGUGAUAUCAAAGAUGAAGCUCUGGGUCUUGUGGAAAGUAUGACCUGUGGUGGAAUUUGUGAUGAUUCUCAAAUGAGAAAGGUUACAGUACCUCCACCAAAGCAAGAACUCAACUUUCCUAAUGAACCCUAUUCAUUCUGUUGGCCAAUGGAUUGGCUACCAAAAGAUUUUGAAAACAUUCGAAUUUUAGGUGUCAAUUAUGAUACCUCCCUUUCCCUUUGGACAACUACAUCUUGCAAUUGCUAUAGUUCUAUGGGGUCGACACUUGAAGGGAGAGCUCAUGAUCUAAUGCAUAGACUAGUUCAAGCAGGAGUCGGUAUGGAUGGUCGGAAAGUAGUUUGGGUUGCUCAUUCUAUGGGUGGUUUACUAGUAAAAUCUAUGUUAGUUCAAUCAUUUGAAAGCCAGAAUGAAAUGUUAAGAUCUUUGUAUAAAAGUACAUCUGGAAUAGCAUUUCUUGGCACCCCACAUGAUGGAUCUAGUAUAGCAGCAUUGCCUGCUCCAACAGCAGCACUAUUAUGGCCAUCUAUUGAAGUGAAAGAGUUGAGAGAGAAAUCACCUAAACUAAGAGAGUUACAUCACAAAUUUCUUGAAAUAUUGGAUGAUCACAAAGUAGAAGUGGUUACCGUAUGUGAAGGAAAACCAACAUUAUUAACAGCUCUUAAGGUUCCUUUAGUAUUUGUAGCUCCACAAAGUGCUGAUCCGGGAAUAGGAGAUUUUUAUACAGCUCCAAGUAAUCAUUUAGAUAUAUGUAAACCAACUUCCAGACAAUCGUUCCUUUAUAAAAGGCUGCUAGGCGUGAUAAAAAAUUCUUUAACUGUAGAACACUAA